GAGGAGAGAGAGAUGGCUAAGCUCUCCAUUCUCCUUUCUCUCUCCUAAACCCUAAUUUCUCCCCCCUUUCUCUCUCCUCUUCUUCUCGCCGAUUCACUCUCUUUCGAUUCGUUUCGCAUUUCACCAACAACCCUAAUUUCAAAUCCCACAAUUUCUCAAUUCUAGGGUUCCAAUUUCUAUGUUUAUUCCACCAUUUUCUGUGUGUAUCACUAGCUUUUUUUUUUUAAUUUAACGUUUAUUUAGGGUUAAGCUUGAAGAAUUGCUGCUUGUAGAUACCCGAUUCUUCAAAUAAACUGUGAUUGAUUGAGUAAGUGAUUGAGUGAGUGAGUGAGUGAUUGAUUGUUUGUUUGAUUGAACUUUGUGUGAAAAAGUUUUGGGGGGAGAGAGAGAGAUGUAUAAGGAUCGAGGAUCAAAGGCGGAGAUGGGUGCGGUGGAUCGGAAAAGGAUCAAUGAUGCGUUGGAUAAACACUUGGAGAGAUCGUCGCCUUCGACUUCAAAAGGAUUGAAUGGUAAAGAUAAGGAUAGAUUGUCGGCACAGUCUAUUAUCAGUGCUACUGGUGGUGGUGGUAAACAGCCGUCUGAUCAGAGAGAUUCUCGCGCUGUUCCUCUCUCCAAGAAUCGUUGCUCCGAUGACGAAUCUGAAACAGAUAGUGAAGAGUCUGAUGUUAGUGGGUCUGAUGGCGAUGACACUUCUUGGAUCUCAUGGUUUUGCAACUUGCGAGGCAAUGAGUUUUUCUGUGAAGUUGAUGAUGAUUACAUCCAAGAUGAUUUUAACUUGUGUGGGUUAAGCAGUCAAGUUCCUUACUAUGACUAUGCUCUAGAUCUGAUACUUGAUGUGGAAUCUUCACACGGUGAUAUGUUUACUGAAGAACAGAAUGAAUUGGUUGAAUCUGCAGCAGAAAUGCUAUAUGGUUUAAUCCAUGCUCGAUACAUAUUGACAAGCAAAGGGAUUACUGCAAUGCUUGAGAAAUACAAAAAUUAUGACUUUGGGAGAUGUCCAAGGGUUUAUUGCUGUGGACAACCUUGCCUUCCAGUUGGACAAUCAGAUCUUGCUCGAUCAAGCACCGUAAAAAUCUACUGUCCUAAAUGUGAAGAUAUUUACUACCCUCGAUCCAAGUAUCAAGGCAAUGUUGAUGGAGCGUAUUUUGGAACAACCUUUCCUCACCUCUUUUUGAUGACAUACCCACAUCUUAAGCCUCAAAAACCUAGUCAGAGCUAUACUCAAAGGGUGUUCGGUUUUAAGCUUCACAAGCCAUGACAGUGGGAAGAUUCUGCAGGCUAAAGCAAAUUUGCAGCUCAUGACCUCUGUAUACCACGGGAGGAAUGCUGCUGGAUGUUGAAUUUCAAGGAGAUGCGAGAUCAAAAACCUUUGAAGCUACUAGGAAAUUGUUACUUCUGGGUUAAAUGCUAUAUUUGCCGUAAAUGUAUCAUCCCCCAAAAAAAUAGCAGUUUAAAUACUGCACUUAACCUGUCAUUACUAUUUACAAUUUUAGCUGCCUAUUGAAGAGCGUUUGUAAGCUUUGUACUGUUCUCCUGAAGUCUUGAAUUUAUAUUGUAGUGUUUUUUUUACCCUUGAUCUUCGUAGUAUGAAAGUCUGGCUCCCUCCAAGUUUCUCUUCCUGAUAGUAAAAUUUUUUGUGUAUUUUAUAAUCUGUACUCUGGGUUCAUCCUAAGUCUUGAUUUUUCUGAGUAAAAGAAUGUACGAUGUUUGGCUGAAAUACAAGAAUUUUAAACA